AUGCUGCUAUGGGUUAUUUCAAUCCAGAGUGUUCUCUCCCAUGCCUCUAAGGAGCCUAUCGUUCUCUAUGCCGAGACGGUAACCACUAAAGAGAAACACCCUCUAUGUUCUCUGGUUUACUUCCACGAAACGGAAACCUCACCUGAGCACUAUCAAGUUAUAGAUGUAAACAACGAUCUUCCCCCGGGUCCAUAUUGCGUAGGUGCCGCUAUCAACAAUAAGCCAUAUGCCUGCCAUGCUUACCUCACUCUCGAAACUCCCUUAGAUUACGACUUACACAUUCACAGGGAUACCAAUAAAACCCCUUACAAACUGUCCCUAACGACAAAUCCUGAGGCUUCUGGAAUCAUACCAAUAAUAACUGAUUCCAAACCUGGUCCCCAAGCUGCUAUUAAGAAAUUAAAAAAAUCUACAAAAACCUACCAAGAUAAGAGGGCUAAUUCAGGAUCUGCAACUGCUUCAUUUGGAGAAGGUUCAGAACCAGACAAAAGAAGUUUCAUUCAAAAGAAUUGGAAGCUAAUUUUAUUAGGCAUCUUAGUAUACGCUUUAUUCAACAGAAAGCCGGAAGAAAGCUAG